AUGGCGCACCGCGGUGAGACCCUUCACAAAGAUGUGUGCUGCAUCGCCGACUUGAAGGACUUGGGUAGCAAAUGCCUGCCACCGAUGGUUCGCGACUACUACAAUGAAGGAGCUAUGGACUUGCUCACUCUCCGCGAAAACGAAACUGCCUAUGAUCGUUACCGCAUCCGACCGCGGAUUCUAGUCAACGUCGAGGAGAUCGACACCAGUACCGAAAUCCUUGGCACCAAGGUCACUCUACCGUUCGGAUUCAGUCCCGCCGCCUCUCACCAACUCGCACACCCCGACGGCGAACUCGCCACCUCCCGCGCGGCCGCCAAAUAUGGAAUCGCCAUGGGACUGUCCUCAUAUUCGAACUACUCCUUGGAAGAUGUUGCCGCACAGGGACAAGGGAAUCCAUAUGUGAUGCAAAUGUGUGUGUUGAAGGACCGAUCUCUCACGAUACAAUUGCUGGAGCGAGCAGAGAAGGCUGGGUAUAAGGCGUUGUUCCUGUCGGUGGAUGUACCGGUACUAGGCAAGCGGAUAAACGAGUAUCGGAACAAUUAUACCCUGCCCGAGGAUAUGCAAUGGCCGAAUAUUCUCAGCAGUGGAAGUGACCACUCGGACCGCACUGAUUAUGACCCCAGUCUCGACUGGGAAAGCACCAUCCCCUGGCUCAGGGAGCACACUUCACUGCCCAUCUGGCUGAAAGGAGUUUGCUCGCCCGAGGACGUGGAACUGGCCAUCAAGUACGGCAUUGACGGGAUUGUCAUCUCCAACCACGGCGGGCGCCAACUCGACGGCGUCCCAUCCACUCUUGACGCGCUGCGGGUAUGCGCGCCUAUCGCACGAGGUCGACUAGUGAUCGCCGUCGACGGUGGCAUCCGUCGAGGCUCGGAUAUUUUCAAGGCGCUGGCGCUUGGAGCCAGCUUUUGUUUCCUGGGACGGAUUCCCAUCUGGGGCCUGGCCUAUGAUGGCCAAGAAGGCGUGGAACUGGCGAUUAAAAUCCUCCGCCAAGAGCUCAAGAUUACCAUGGCGCUGGCCGGGUGCCGCAAUGUAGGCGAGAUCCAGAAAAGCUAUUUGUCAGUCCUGCUGCCCGACGGCAUUCUUGCCAAGCUGUAG